ACCGAGUGCAACAAUCACCUAACAAGCCAUGUCCUCCUUCAUACUACGCGAUGUUCGUAUGUUCACCGGGGAGUCCACUAUCGACCAAGGUUAUGUGUUGGUCGACAACGGCAAGAUCAAAUCAGUCGGUCCAACCUCAAGCAUACCGAAACUGGAAGCUUCCGUUAAAACAUACUCUAAGCCCAACCACACCCUUCUCCCCGGCCUCAUCGACUGCCACAUCCAUGCCGACAGGGCUGAUCCCGAAGCUCUCCCGCAAGCUCUCCGCUUCGGUGUGACAACAGUAUGCGAGAUGCACAACGAGCUACCCAACGUGCUCAAACUCCGCGAGCAGACCAAACAACCAGAUACAGCCUCCUACAAGACCGCCGGCCAAGCAGCAACCAUUGAGAACGGCUGGCCAAUCCCGGUCAUCCUGGCGCAUGACAAGAGUCCCGAGACGGCAGCGGAGAUAGCAAAGUGGCCGAAGCUUACGGAUCGGAGUAGUGUGCUGGAGUAUCUGGAAUGGACGACCAAAGAGAUGAAGCCGGACUACAUCAAGCUGAUGCACGAGUCCGGCACAAUGAUGGGCGCAAAGCUUUCCUAUCCAUCUCUAGAGCUGCAACGCUCCAUCGUUUCCGAGGCCCAGAAGCGCGGCUACCUAACCGUCGCACACGCCACAUCUCUGCGCGACACCCUCGAUGUGCUGCACGCAGGCGUAAACGGACUCACCCACACAUUCUGCGACAAACCCCCAACCCAAGAACUCGUCGACGCGUACAAAAAGAACAACGCAUGGUGCAAUCCCACACUCGCCGCAAUGGGCAGCCUGACCACCGAGGGAAAAGAACGGCAGCACAGAUUCGCCCACGACCCGCGCGUCCAACACCUCAUCAGCGAAGACAAACGCGGCAACAUGUGCGCGUGCAUGUCCUUCGCCGCUCAACACGGCAAAGUCUCGCACGCCUACGACUCCGUAAAAGCGCUCCGCGCCGCCGGCAUCGACAUCCUCUGCGGUUCCGAUGCCGCGGGUCCAGCGAAGGGAACCGCGUUUGGGCUGUCUAUGCACCAUGAAUUGAGUCUCUUUGUGGAUGAGGUUGGUAUGACGCCUGCUGAGGCGUUGCGCUCGGCUACUAGCUUGACAGCGGAGAGGUUUGGGUUUGGGGACAGAGGGAAGUUGGAGGAGGGGAUGAACGCGGAUUUGUUGCUCGUGGAGGGGAAUCCGUUGGUGGAGAUCGAUGAUACGUUGAAUAUACGGGGGGUGUGGAGGGAGGGGAGGCUGUGUAGUGUUUACGAGGAGGUGAUGGCUAGCUGAGUUAGACGAGCGAUAUACACUAACGGCUCGCAGUUUGUAUAGAGGAUUGGCUUAGGAAUGGGCGUGAUGGGGUUUGAUUGUAAACCGCUACCAAAUCGCAGCUUUGCCGUCCAGAACCAUCGCCUACUCUUUAUGCCUACCCAAUAACCUUAUGAGCGAGUGUUACCGGUCCCCGCAAAGCCGAGAACCGUCUACUUCCACGUCUCAAUCUCGUAACUCGCCAGCAUAAACGGCCCAACACCCUUGUAGUCGUUCACAGCAAGCGGCACACCAAUGUAGUACUGUAGCACGUGUCAGCAAUCGAC